AUGGGCAAUUGCCUUGGCACAUUUGUUCAGGUGUAUGAACAUAUCAACAGUAGUAUUAUGACGCAACAUGAUCACAUAAGGGAAUCAUUUGAGAAGAGCAAGAAUACAUACCUCCAUUGUUUCAAGAAACCAAUCUAUAGUGAGCUUCGAGGAGCUGUCUCGCAAUGCGCCCUUGACCAUCUAAAAAUUGAGCUUGAUAAAGCACAAAAGCUGCUUCCAAACAGUGACAUGCUAUGUGAAUGUGCUAUCCGUGCAACACACGAUCUACCAUGUUACCACGAGCUUCGCGAGUUUGUCAAGAAGAAAUCUCAUGUUCCACUUGAAUUAGUAGGCUCCAUUUGGAUGCAUAUGAGUAUGGAGCCGGUUAUUGGUCAAGGAGAGCUUCCUAAUGAUGACGAACUCAUGAAAGGAUGGCACAAACGGUUUGCAUCGGCCGAUGUAGAUGAAAGGAACGAAAUGCUAAACAAGUUCAACGAAAUUGUAUAUCCUCAACGAACAUCUACAAUGGAGCCAUCGGAAAAGGCCACCACUAGAGGUCGACCGGGAAAAAAGUUAAAGGUGGUUGAUAAAUCAACCCGUCGCAACCCAUCGAGGCAUGAGUAUCCACCAUCGACACAUGAUAGUUGUUCUGCUAAGGGUCGAAAAGUCAACGGCAAGGCUUUGUUUCUUGACCAAAUCCAUCCAAUGUUUCAGACGUAUGUAAAAAGUAUAAAGAAUGUCGACUCGGAUGGUCAUUGUGGAUUUCGAGCGGUUGCAUCGAUGAUGGGUUUCGGAGAAAAAAAUUGGAAUUGUGUACGAGGAGACAUGGUUAAUGAGCUAUAUAAGAACGAAGCAAUAUACCUGAAGAUGCACCGUCGUCGUGAAAACAUUUGUGCGUUAGAAACGCGACUGUGUGGUUUGGAAAAAUAUGCUACAAGAGAGUAUUGGAUGUCUUUACCCGAUAUGGGUCAUAUCAUUGCCUCUACGUACAAUAUUGUGCUCGUCUACUUAGCGCCACAACAAUGUCUCACAUUCCUUCCCUUAAACAGUGAACCGCUACCCUCCGAUAAGAUAUGA